UAGUGUAGAUCGGUUGAACGAGACAAACAGUUCUCUACAUUAGGACGAGUUGAUAAAAAAUAUUCAUAACUAUUCGUCGAAAGAAGAUGGCUUUCCGAUUGAGUUUAUUCUAUCUGUUAACCGUUACUUGCAUCUUGACGCACGUAACGAUGGCCCAAAUACCCAAAGCAUGCACGGAUCCUAUAAUAUCCGGACAAAUUAAUCCGACAUGCCUCAUGUCCUCCGGAAGAUUAAAAUUCGCGUACGACGCAAUUUCUAAUACUUGCGUCAAGUUUUUUUACACUCACUGUAGACCAAAGGACAACGAAAACGUGUUCUUCUACGAAAUAGACUGCCAGAAAACGUGCGUAGAGAACAGAUUUUUGCUGGGGCAGAAAAUUGUUUCUUAAUAUAGUGACAGCAAAAAGAUUCGUCAUAUGGAAAAAAUAAUUUUGCUGUUGUAGCAAAAUGUUGCGACAGCGAUAAAAUUUAAUUGGCUUAACCGAAAAUUAAUACUCCAAACAAAUCUUUUAAUAACAUAUAAAAAAAUAUAAAAAGUAUGUACAUAACAAUGCAUUCUAAUUAUAUGCUUUCUUAUCGUACGCAGAUUGCGUAUAGAGAUUACGAAGAAAUUGUUAAUAAAAAUUAUUUAUAUUAUGCACUA